CAUUACGAGAACUAACAAACUAUAAACAAGAAAAUUAUCAUGGGAAACGACUGGUGUUCUACUUAGCUACUAAUUUCAGUUUUACUGCGAGAAAGAGUCUUCGUAUUAUUUAUUCACAAGAUAUAUCCAGAAUAUUUGGAUAAUCAUCUUGGUACCGUUACAGCCGAACGUCUACGUACCGCCACUGUAUCUGAUUGGUGAGUGAAAGUGACUUUUUUCAUAUCACAAAUGCAGCAUUUGAAUUCUAGCUUAAUCAUGGGCCAUUAACUGUGCUUCGGUUGUAACUAGCUGACGGGGUAUGUUUACAUUUUCAUCGUUUGUUGACUCAAGGCCUUUUUAUAUCUCAUUUUAUCCCCAUCACGUUGCGUGUUCGGUGUGAAAACUGAAACUCAUUUUUCUAGUCGGCAGUGUCAAGAUUGAUAGUUUAUCGAUCGUCAACUUACUACAACUAUGUCCCACAACGCUUUUUUUAAUCGAUCAAUCGCAUCGGGCGGACUGUUUCAGUAGACAGUGGAACCUUAAUACUUUUAAAGAACCCUACCACAACUAGGGGGUAUUCGUCGGUCCAGUAGUAGAAAAACAUUCUGGAGAUGGACCAAACCUUAGUAUAGCGAACAAGUAAGUUUUGCCAGUCCCUUGGCAUAUCUUGGUAUAUCGAGGUUCCACUGUAGCUCUGUUACAUUCAAUUUCAUCCACAACAGAAAUAUUUUUAUUUAAAAUCAGCUUUGCAGUAGUCUUUGGACUUCUCGUUCUUUGUUCUUUAUGUUUUGGCUGAUUUGAUCUCUUUUCUAGAGAUCCAACGUUUACAACUAGCAGGAUCUUCGUCCACGGUUUUUGCAGUUAAUUUAAUUUAACCCUUCACAAUUUUAGCGACUAAACAAUUUUAUAGUAAAUGCUCAGGUGUUUUGAUACCACAAACUAUAAAACCGGAAAAACGCGCAGCUAACAGCAAAGCCUCAGUAAACUGUAAACACAUUUAAAUCUAUGCUUACUCUGUUAACCUCGCUGCGUUUUUCACAAACACGCGAACUCUAAAGUUCAAAGAGUUUAUUGUCACGCAAUCAAAGAGGUCGAAACUACAUUGACAAUAAAACUCCAACGCCGUAGCGCGGGAGGGUAUUAGGGUAAACGAAAGCUGUAGACCUUGAGAUAAGAGCGAAUAACUGACUUAUCGUGACAAACCUAGCGCUAAAUCAAAGAUAGUUAUCACGCAUCAAUUAUCCAUCAUCACCCGGGUAAUGAUGUAACCAAACACGCGAACUCUAAAGUUCAAAAGGCGCCUUCACAAUUGCGUUUUUCUCGAACUCGGAUAACGCGAAUUACUUGCUAUUUAAAAGUCGAACUAAAUUUCGUUUCCCUUGAUCAAAAUUUCACUGAAAAUUAUCCCGAUAACUCGAAUUCUGGUUCUUGUAACUCGGAUGCCAUUGGGCUAUUGCAUUUAAUAUCCCCACCCCUCACCCCCGGUUGAACCAUAGAAUUCUCCAGGUGUAAGUUAUAACAAUGAGGAUUUCUUUAGGAGUAGAGUGAAAAAAUGUGGCAUUCUUUGAGGGUGAAGCUUUAAUGUUCACGAAAUUCUUCAGGGGUACUGACCCAUAUUCUUCAAGGGUAAGCCCAUACUUUAUGGAAGUCUUCAGGGGUAAAUGCAAUUUUAGCCUAUCUGCAGAGUACGUCCUCAACCGAGGGGUGGGGGGGGAAGGUACGGAUAUUAAAUGCAAUAUUAAACCCAUUCCGUUAGUUCGGCUCUUUUUUGCAUAAUUGGUAAAAACGCUCUGAACUAACACUAAAGCAACUGAUUUUAUUUUGAUAUUAAUUAGUGCAAAGAACAGAUCACGUAGAUCUUGUUUUACAGUAGAACCUCGAUAUAACGCAGGGCAAAGGGACCUGCAAAGUUAGUUCGUUAUUUAAGAAUUUGUUCAUACUUAGCGUGCAUAUAUCGAGUUAUGGAUGCACGCGGUAAGUUUGGAGAGUACGACAGGUGCGUAAGAGUAGCCCGAGGCGCAGCCGAGAGCAACUCUAGCUUCUUGAGUGCUCUCCAAACUUCUCAAGUGCAUCCAUAACUCGAUAUACGCACAGCUUAAAGCAUGAGCAAAUUCUUUUAUGAUAGCUGACAAAAAUGCUUGCUUUCUGAUUAACUGCAAAAUUAUCGUAACCCGUGACACAAGAUAAAUGCUUCUACUGGCUGAUUACAAACACUCUCCACAAUCGUCUAGUUUGAAUGAAAAUUUUUUUUGUAAAACUGAGAAAGAAAAUUGCUUGAUCAAUGGAAACUGAGCAAAACUAAAGGUAAAAGGGUCUUUAAGUUUGCCUAAAGUUAAAAUACUCACAUGUCGCAAGAAGUCGUAGAGUAUGAUUUAGAUUUGCUGAAAACUUAAAACUUAAAACAGCACUAGUAGUACCGUUUUAAGCAUUUUAAUGUGCGAUUCUUUGUUUCAUUUAACGUCCUCCUUUGUAAUAGCGCUGGGAUUCCAAUCAAGACUUCACGCUGCGACGACUGCACGAGUUUAAAAUUUUAGUAUUGAAGUAAAAUUAUUGACAUUAAAAUUAACAGAGCGCUGUAAAGUUAUAUGUUAUGAAUAGUUUUAUAAAUGUGAAAGGAUGUUUUUCAAAUAAUAUCAACAGAAAUUUGAUUCAAUAACCAAAAAACGUUGACUCACGUCGAUAGCUCCCAAUUUCGCUAUGAAAUUCUGACUUGAUAAGCAAUGAGGAAAUGUAUGCAUAAGAUCAAGAAUAUGCCUUUUAAACCCUUUUCAAUUUUUCUCCGUCCUUGACAGAUGAGCCAAUCUACUUUCUUUCUCAGUAAAAUCCUCUGUGUAGUUAUAUUCUGAUAGGAAAGUGCGUGGGUAUCAAAAGCUCGGGAAUGGCCCCGGGGUUGGUAAAUGCCCGGCCCCCGGGUACCACAAAAUUUGCAAAUGCCCCGCAGUAGCCCGGGGUGGGGGGUGGGCGCAGCUGGAAUUGACUGAUGCAUUGUGCGCUGAUGUUCUGAAAAAUCAGUACCUACAAGUAUUAAAAUUUAUUCGAUCCCGAUAACUCGAAACCCACAAACUGUUUCCCUUCAGAUCCCGCGGGCUUUCUUGGUCUUUAGCGGGAUCGAAUCUUCUUUUUAUUUCUUACUUUCACCGGUUUUGUCCUCAAACAUCACAGGUGUUGAUAAGGCUUAUAAUGUUUAUAAGAUCAAUACAGGAGUUAUCGCUUGCAUUUUUUAUUUUGAUAUUUAAUUUAAGCUCUGCAUUAUCGGAAUGUUCUCUUAACUGUUUUUCUUUUGUCAUUAGGAACACAGUGAACUUCGGAAAUCACUGCCAGUCUUCGGUUAUCGCCGACAGACCUCGAAAAGGAUCGGGAAUCAUUUUCAAUUUUUGGGUAAUCACCAGUGGCCAAAAAUGUCCAUAAAUACCAUGGCUACAACGAAUAACUCCGCUUCGAACACAACUUACCUGCCCACAAGCGCAGGAUCAUUACCUACGGAGCCGAAUCUUCUUGGAACUCCAGUUUCCUACAUCAGCGCCUCGCUAGUAUGUCUUCUAAUCAUCUGCGCAUUAAUUGCCAACAUUUUCGUUUGUUUAGCAGUCUACAAACAGCAUUCUGCAAGGCGCAUAACUCGAUUCUUCAUCGUAAACCUUUGUAUAGCUGAUAUUUUCAUUACAGUAAUAAGCAUGCCUGUGUGGUUGAUUUUUAUGUUGUAUGCCCGCGCGUCAGCGAUUUACUUUCUAGGGGAAACUUUUGUGUCGAUUUGGACUCACUUAGAUAUUUUAUGCGGGACAGCCUCGAUUCUGAGUUUGACAUCUAUCAGUGUGGAUCGAUAUAUCGCGGUGUCCAGGCCGUAUGCAUACAUAGACUUUAUGACAACAAAAAGGGCGUUGCAAGUCAUUGGAGGAAUAUGGCUCUACUCUUUGACAGUUGCUUUGUUACGCAAACCACUAAGAGAGUACAAAGAAGAAGGUAGGAGAAUAUUGAACGAAUUAGACCCAUGCUUUCUCAUAACUGAACAAGCCUGGUGAAAAAGUGCUUUAUUUCAGUUUAGAUCAUUAUAAGUGCUAUACACAUCCAAUUGGGUUAGACAUUUUACAAAAAAGAAAGAAAUAGGUCAUUUCCCAGUUCCGAAAACUCUUACUUUCGAAACGAAACUAGUGCAAAACCUUUCUUGUGAAGUGAGUUUUAUUUGUAUGAGGAUAAAGAUCAUCUUCGCACUUAGCCUCGCUUUGAAACAGAGGCUUGGGGCAUCACGGAAUGGCCUAUCAAAAAGGAUUCUGGUGCAUUGUUGAGUUGCAGUAGAACCUCGACAACUCGAACUCCCCGCUAACUCGAACUAAGUCCUAUUUUCCGUGGAUUUCACCCCACUUUUCGGUCAGUUUUACUCGGUUAACUCGAACUCGGAUAACUCGAAUUCCCCGCUAACUGGAACUGAAUUCAUUUUCCCUUGAUGAAAUUUCCGGACUGAAAUUUACCCCAUAACUGGUUCUUGUAACUUCUCUCAGAUGCCAGAUGCCACCCUCUACUCUUCUUGUUGUAUAAAACAUUAAAACCAACCAUACAGCAACGAAAAGAUCACAUUUUGUCAUAAAAAUGCAUAAUCCUGUUACCGUUUUGAAUGAAAUAAGUAAAUUUGCACCGUACUAUUCAUUCAAUUGCUGGAAAAUCAGAAACUAUCAAUCUUUAAUAUGGAAAACUGAAUAUUCAAUCGACAGCGAUAACUCGAAACCUCGCUAACUCGAACUGUCGGUUUUCGUUCCCCUUCAAGGUUCGAGUUACCGGGGUUCUACUGUAUAAUUAUAAGCAUUUAUUAAUAAAAGAAAACGUUUGACAAGUGCAGCUCUUGCACUUCAUUCAUGUUCAUAAUAAUUUCCCCUCCUUAUGUCAACAUCGUACUAGAUGCAUUUUCUGUAAUUCAAUAUCGCUCUAGCCUGAGAAAACAGCCGAUAUCUCGCGAUACCACCACUGGUUUCCCCGCGAAAUGACGUCUGGGAAACGAGCACAGAAACUCCAUACUUAGUCUGAUGACGUGUCACUACCCAGACCUGGGCACUGCUUCUGAUUGGUCGUGCCGCUUGUGAAAUUUGCUUCAACCAAUCAGAAGCAUUACCCAGAUCUGGGUAGUGACGCGUCGUCAGUAUGGAAUUUCUGCGCUCGUUUCUCAGAUGUCAUUUCGGGGAGAAAGCGUUCGUGGCAUCGCAAAAUAUCGUCAUUUUUCUCAGGCUGAUAUCACACCAUUCGAAAUUAUAGUGCACUGAUUUCCCACAAAGAACGGCUUCCUUUUAUCUUAGAUUCAAAAUAAGUUGCUAGUUGACUCUCUCUUUUCCUCCUGCGUCUGAAACUCUCUUAAGCCCAGUUUAUAUGGAGAAAGAAAACUAGUCACGAGUAAAAGGAUUACUCCGCUACUGCAAAGGUGUCAACUUCUUUUCUAAUAUGAACGCCCGCUAAAGUUUACUCGGCUGACAGGGUUCCACGGAACAAGUUUUCUCCAUAUAAACGAGACCUUAGGCUAACCGAUAGUAGGGGCGUUAUAUGCAUCUUCAUGCAGUUUCAUUGUUUAUACUGUUUAUUAAUGUUAUUUAGUCGCCUUUAUUUUUAACCUUAUCAUGUUUUUUUCCUUUCAGGUUACGCGGCUGCUCUGUUUGUUAUGAUAGCAAGCUUUCUCCUACCGCUUGUUAUAAUCAUCGCAGCUUACGGGAGCAUGUUUCGAAUCGCCAGGAGACACGCGCGUGACCAAACUCACUUGCAGAGUACUAUAAACCAACAGUGCUACAAAACAGUCAAACGCGAUCUGAAGGCGGCCAAGACGAUCGCGUUCGUCAUCGGUACGUUUCUGUGCUGCUGGGCUCCUUUUAUUAUCGUCAGCUUUCUUUUUGCAGUCGGUUUCGACCCAGAUCCAGAUGGUGCAAGUGUGUCGAAAUGGUUAUCGUAUCUGAAUGCAGUCCUUAAUCCCGUCGUGUAUACUUGCGUGGACAAGCAGCUGAGAAGACUGGUGUGGAGGCGAUUUUUUGUUUGUCUUCAUGGAAAGUUCGGGAAUCCAUCGGUGGAGGAACCGUAUACCCGUAAAACAUACGCAGAACAUUCCUCCCCAAUGAAUACAAUCUAG